ACAAAUACAGACGGACUCGGUGGAUUCCAACACAAGCUGUUCAGUCUUUCCUUAACAAAGUCCCAAUCCUACAACAUGAUGACUGCAGACAUUAAAAUGAUUGUCUGUGUUGGGCUUGUUGGUGUAUUAACAGGUGUGGGGAAGUCUGCUCUAAUAGGGAAGAGCCACAGCGAAGGAAGCAACGAUCCUGUGCUGCAGUAUGUGGUUAACAACUCAUUGAGGGAGCACCCAGUCCUCACCAAACUCAGACUGAGAACCCUUGAAGACACAUGGAAUAGAAUGAUGGUGGCCAGUGAACAAGCACAGCUUAUGGCAAAUCUUAUUCGACUGAUUAAUGCUACAAAAGCUGUUGAAAUUGGGAUGUACACAGGGUACAAUGCACUGAGUAUGGCUUUGGCUAUGCCAGAGAAUGGACGUGUGGUAGCUUGUGAAAUAGAAGACACCUACAUAGAGAUUGCCAAACCCUUUUUUAAAGAGGCUGGAGUUGAAAAUAAAAUAGAUAUACACCAUCAAAUAGCAAUGAAGACACUGAAUGAACUUUUGGCAGCUGGAGAAGCUGGAACAUAUGAUUUUGUGUUCAUUGAUGCUGAUAAAUUAAACUAUGACAACUAUUAUGAGAAGUCCCUCGAGCUUAUACGUAAAGGGGGGAUCAUUGCAAUUGACAAUGUGUUAUGGAGUGGAAAAGUUGUGAAUCCUGCUCCCAGUGACCUCACAUCCCAGGGUCUGGAUGCUCUCAAUAAGAAGCUGCACAAGGACCAGAGGAUUGAACUGAGCAUGCUCACCGUGGGGGAUGGGUUGACUAUUGCUAUUAAACGCUAAAAGC